AAGGCAGCAGCAGCAGCUCGUCAGCUGCGUCGUCGCGCUUCCGUGUUUUGGAUCACUCGAUGCUUUCGGUUGCGUGUUGAGGAGAGAUUUGGAGAUUUUUGUGUAGUCGAAAUCAAGAUUUUAGAGCUCAGACACAAACUCAACCUUCGUCUGCUGUAUAAACCGUCAAAUCCUCUCCGAUAUGGAUAAACCGCGCGUGUUUGUGUCGAUGUGGGGCCUCCUGCUGAUGUGUGUCGCAUUCAGUAAAACUGAACUAACGCUAACAACAACAAGAAUCACACCUACAACUCAUCCAGCGGUCCACAAGCCAUGCAACACUCAGACUUCCUGUGAGACAUGCCUCGCCAAUGUUUCGUGUUUGUGGUGCCAGACGAACAGCAGCUGCACAGAUUAUCCGGUGUCGUAUGUGAUUCCUCCGGCGUCGGUGUGUAAACUCUCUCAGGCUCGCUGGGGUGUUUGCUGGGUGAACUUCGAGGCUCUGAUCAUCGCGAUGGCUGUGGUAUGCGGGAUUCUGCUGCUGGCCAUCACCGUCUGCUGCUGCUGCUGCUGCUGUAAACGCAGACGCUCGUCCAGUUUUGACAGCGAUGAUGAGCAGUUUGCCCGGAGAAGAGAGGAGAUCAGACAGCGAUCAGAUGAGCGGAAGGCGGAGAGGAAGGUGAAACAUGAUGAAAUCCGCAAGAAGUAUGGUCUCAUCCCAGACUCCGAUCAUCCGUACAGCAAGUUCGAGAACGAGUGAAAGCGAGGGAUCGGCACAUCCAGCCGCACAGGAGUCACUUCACCACGUGCUUUGCUCUUUUGAGACUCGUCGGAUCACUUUAGGUUUGAUGGAGCUCAGACUGAGAUUACCUUGUCAGUCCUUCCAUUGGUUAGAAAUCUCUCUCUCUCUAGUUAUGAUUAAUGUGUGCGUACAGACUCUCUCUCUCUCUCUCUGACACGGUUUCUCUUUUCUUUA